AUGUGCUCAAGAGGCGCCACUUUCUCAACGGACAAAACUGGUUGCCGGACUGCAAUCCACCGGAUCUAUAUUGUGCGUAGCGUCUUUGAGAAGGAGUAUUUAGCUCGCUCUCUUGCUUUUGGCUAUCUAUCUAUCUAUCUAUCUAUCUAUCUAUCUAUCUAUCUAUCUAUCUAUCCUGGUUUAUUCUUCGUAUCUCUCCCCCUUUCUCUCUCUCUCUUUUAUAUAUAUAUAUCAUAUAUAUAUAUAUAUAUAUAUUUUGAUAUCUAUCUCAUUAUAUUCAUCUUUCUCUCUCUUUCCUCUAUCUAUCUAUACAUUUUUCCCAAUCUAUCUAUAUAUAUAUAUAUAUAUAUAUCAUCUAUCUAUCUAUCUAUCUAUCUAUAUAUAUCAUUUAUCUCUAUCUAUCUUUCUAAAUAUCUAUCCCAAGUUUUUUCUAUCUGUGAUCUUUUUUCUUUCCUUUUUUUUUCUUUCUUUCUUAUCUUUCUUUCUUUCUUUGCUUGUUUGCGUCUGUUCGUAAACCAAAAUCUAUCUAUCUAUCUAUCUAUCUAUCUAUCUAUCUAUCUAUCUAACUCAAUUUGGUCAUAUCUAUCUCAGUAUAUUUAUCUAUCUCUCCCUCUAUCUAUCUACCUAUCUUUAUAUUAUGCAAAUCAGUGUUUUUUACCAGAAAAUUGCUAUGAACAAUGGUUUAAUAUCUCUAUCCUCACGGAAAACACCAUUGUUGAAAAACAAAAUGGCGCUAGUGUUCUCGGCUCUAAUUCACUCGUUUCCAUUUACAGAAGUCAAAUAAUUUUGUGA